AUGGAGCUCUCUCGGAUAAAAACCCUUUACUGUGGGUUAAUAUUUCAGCUACUUUUCACACUUGCCCUUCCACUGCCAUACACCAAGUAUGGACGUACCUGCAGCGAUAUCGGUUGUCUGUCCAGCCAGGUGUGCGUGAUGGCUUACGAGUCGUGCUCCAUUGGGCAACGCGAGGGUAACGAAUGUGGCCGUUACCCAACCUGCAAAAAGAACACGGAUCCCAGUCUCAGUGCCGGCCCGAGCGCGGGAGUUAGCAACGUGUACAACAACGGUCCAAAACCAUCCGCUCCGGCUGGAGGCCCUGGAAAUGGUAACGACGACGAUGUACUCGGUACGCUGGGUCUGAAUCCUAGCAAUCCUUACGGUCAGCGUCCCACGGCACCACCUGCACGUCCACCUCCAUCCGGGUCCUCGCUGUACCCAUCUUUGCCCACGGAUAACAACCCCGGUAACCGUUACGGUGGAAACAAUGGUGGAGGCGGUUACAGCGGUGGCGGUGCUGGUGGUUCCUACAACAGAGGUGGUGGUGCUGGCGGUAGUUCUUCGUAUGGAGGCGGUGGUGGUCAGUUUGAUGGUGCUGGAGGAAACAUCGUCGUACCCACGCGUAAACCGGCUGAGCCCGCUUCCAACGGUGGAUUUUUCGGUGGCAUCCUUAACGGAGUGCAGAAUGCCGUCUCGAACGCGGUCAAGCAGCAGAUUGGUACCUACAUCAAUCAACGGUUGGGCAUUGGACCGGCCGCGGGUGGUGCCGCUGGUGGUGCUGGCGGUGGUGCCGGAGGUCUUGGUGGACUCUUCGAUGCACGCAAUCUGAUCGACAACAAGCGUUUCGGUGGCUUAUUUUCGGAAAAUACACCAGCUGGAAGUGGUGGUACCGGUUCGGGGCAAGGUUCGGGCCGAACUUCUGCCGGUCCUGGCGGAUACCCGGUGACCGUUGAUCAACGCAUGUCGGCCAGCAACUACAACCAGCAGUAUGCUGCAGCACAGCCGUCCCAAGCGGCGUACCCUCAAAGUUACGGAAACUACAACGCGGCCAGUGCUGCACGUGCUCGUUCAACGGAGCGUCCCACUUAUGGAUGGAACCUGAACUAG